AUGGCUCGAAUGAACUGCUCAGUUCCUGUGGACGUCACAUACAAGAACAUGAGAUUUCUUAUUACACGCAAUCCAACCAAUGUGACCUUAAACAAAUUUAUAAAGAAAUUUAGGAAAUAUGGAGUUACCACAAUAGUAAGAGUAUGUGAAGCAACUUAUGACACUGCUCUUGGGGAAAAAGAAGAUAGCCAUGUUCUUGACUGGCUUUUGGAUGAUGGUGCACCACCAUCCAACCAGAUUGUUGGUGACUGGUUAAGUCUUGUAAAAAUUAAGUUUCGUGAAGAACCUGAUUGUUGUAUUGCUGUUCGUUGUGUUGCGCGUCUUGAGAGAGCUCCAGUACUUGUUGCCCUAGUAUUAAUUGAAGGUGGAAUGAAAUACAAAGAUGCAGUACAGUUCAUAAGACAAAAGCGGCAUGGAGCUUUAAAUAGCAAGCAACUUUUGCAUGCGGAGAAGUAUCGUAAAGUGCAGCUGCACUUCAAAGAGUCCAGUGGUCAUAGAAACAACUGCUGCAUUCAAUAA